AUGUCCGGUCGUCAAGGUGGUAAGAUGAAACCUCUAAAGCAAAAGAAAAAGGCCCAGCAAGACCUAGACCCCGAGGAGCUUGCCUACAAGGAGAAGCAAAAGGCCGAUGCUGCUGCCAAGAAGGCCUUAAUGGCUAACAUGAAGAGCGGAAAGCCCCUAGUUGGUGGUGGAAUCAAGAAAUCUGGUAAGAAAUAG